CAUUUUGUCAGUCGCCAGUGGAUCCCGCGCGCUGGAGAAGUGCAGUUCCCCCUGGUUACCAACUCGUCCGUUCUCCCUUCGUGCUGCGGGCGCCUAAGGCGCAGCCGUUCCUCCCUACGGCGCUGCCACUGCUGUUGCAUCUGCCUGGAGGUGGUGCGCUCUUUUCCUCCUCUGCCACUGACAGGCGCCCCCAGAGCCGCCGUCCGUGAUGUCAAGCGAGGAGAGCUACCGGGCCAUCCUGCGCUACCUGACAAACGAGAGCGAGCCGUACGCCCCGGGCACCGAGGGCAAUGUCAAGCGUAAAAUCCGCAAGGCUGCCGCUUGCUACGUGGUGCGCGGCGGGACUUUGUAUUACCAGCGGCGGCAGCGGCACCGCAAGACCUUCGCGGAGCUGGAGGUGGUGCUGCAGCCGGAGCGGCGCCGGGACCUCAUCGAGGCGGCGCACCUGGGUCCGGGCGGCACUCACCACACCCGGCAUCAGACCUGGCAUGACUUGUCCAAGACGUACUGGUGGCGAGGUAUAUUAAAACAAGUCAAAGAUUAUAUUAAACAGUGUAGCAAAUGCCAGGAGAAACUGGAUCGCUCCCGUCCAAUAUCAGAUGCUUCAGAAAUGUUAGAAGAAUUGGGACUAGACCUUGAAUCUGGAGAAGAAAGUAAUGAAUCAGAAGAUGACCUAAGCAACUUUACUUCACCUCCAACUACUGCCUCCAAGCCUUCAAAAAAGAAGCCAGUAUCCAGACAUGAACUUGUAUUUGUUGACACCAAAGGAGUGGUAAGACGUUCUUCUCCAAAACAUUGUCAAGCUGUCUUAAAACAGCUGAAUGAACAGAGACUUUCCAACCAGUUCUGUGAUGUUACUUUGUUAAUUGAAGGAGAAGAGUACAAAGCUCAUAAAUCUGUUUUGUCAGCUAAUAGCGAAUAUUUUCGAGAUCUUUUUAUUGAGAAAGGAGCUGUUUCCAGUCAUGAGGCUGUGGUGGAUCUUUCUGGUUUUUGUAAGGCAAGCUUCCUUCCUUUAUUAGAAUUUGCCUAUACUUCUGUGCUAAGUUUUGACUUCUGUAGCAUGGCUGAUGUAGCCAUCUUAGCUCGUCAUCUUUUCAUGUCAGAAGUCUUAGAGAUUUGUGAAAGUGUACAUAAACUCAUGGAAGAAAAGCAGCUAACGGUAUAUAAGAAGGGCGAAGUUCAAACAGUCGCAUCUACCCAGGACUUACCAGUACAUAAUGGAGAUACAGCAUUUCCUGUGGCUAGCAAUGAGGGAACCACAACAACUUUAGCUCCUCAACUUGGGGGUUGUGAAUUUGUACUCCUGGUAAAUGGAGAUUUGCCAGCAACUGAGCAGAAUGGAGAGGUAGAACGACAGCCUGAGCCCCAGGUUUCUUCAGAGGCUGAAGCUGCUCUGUCAUCUGUAGGAUGUGUAACUAAUUCCCAUCCUGAAAUGGAGUCUGUUGAUGUAAUAGCAAAAAACAACCAGACAGAACUAGAAACUUCAAACAGCACUGUUUCUGAUAUUCAUCCUAAACUUUCAAAAGAGAAUGUAAUCAGUAGCUCUCCAGAGAACAGUGAAAUGGGAAAUGAUAUAUCAGCUGAAGAUACCUGUACUGAAGAAAUUCCAAAACAUAGGCAAAACCUUGGCCAGCCUUUAAAAGAUCAGGAAAAUCUAGUUGCACCAACAGCAAAGACAGAUGUUGCUCCUGAUGAUGAUUCUUACAGAAGCAAGCUUCGACAGCGUUCUGUUAAUGAAGGAGGAUAUAUCAGACUUCACAAAGGAAUGGAGAAAAAGCUGCAAAAACGGAAAGCCAUUCCCAAGUCUGCAGUUCAGCAGGUGGCCCAGAAGUUAGUUCAAAGGGGAAAAAAGAGGAAACAGCCAAAAAGGGAUACUAAAGAGAAUACUGAAGAAGCAUCCCAUAAAUGUGGGGAAUGUGGAAUGGUUUUUCAGAGACGAUAUGCCCUUAUAAUGCACACACUGAAACAUGAAAGAGCUAGAGAUUAUAAGUGUCCGUUGUGUAAAAAACAGUUUCAGUACAGUGCUUCCUUACGAGCACAUCUUAUCCGGCAUGCCAGAAAAGAUGCACCCAGUUCAUCCUCAUCCAAUUCCACAUCUAAUGAGGCAUCAGGAACAUCAUCUGAGAAGGGCAGAACCAAACGAGAAUUUAUAUGCUCCAUAUGCGGAAGGACAUUACCUAAAUUGUAUUCUCUUCGAAUACAUAUGUUAAAGCACACAGGUGUAAAGCCACAUGCAUGCCAGGUCUGUGGAAAGACUUUUAUCUACAAGCAUGGUCUAAAAUUACAUCAGAGUCUCCAUCAAUCACAAAAGCAGUUCCAGUGUGAACUAUGUGUUAAGUCAUUUGUUACUAAACGGAGUCUUCAAGAACAUAUGAGUAUUCACACAGGAGAGUCCAAGUACCAUUGCUCAGUUUGUGGAAAGUCUUUUCAUAGGGGCUCUGGACUCAGCAAGCACUUUAAGAAACAUCAGCCAAAGCCUGAGGUUCGAGGCUAUCAUUGCACCCAAUGUGAAAAAAGUUUCUUUGAAGCUAGAGAUCUUCGCCAACACAUGAACAAACAUCUUGGUGUGAAGCCAUUCCGGUGCCAAUUUUGUGAUAAGUGCUAUAGUUGGAAGAAAGAUUGGUAUUCCCAUGUGAAGUCUCAUUCUGUCACUGAGCCUUAUAGGUGUAAUAUAUGUGGUAAAGAAUUUUAUGAAAAAGCUUUGUUCAGAAGGCAUGUAAAGAAAGCUACCCAUGGGAAAAAAGGGAGAGCAAAGCAAAACCUGGAACGGGUAUGUGAACAAUGUGGAAGAAAGUUCACUCAGCUAAGAGAGUAUAGAAGACAUAUGAACAACCAUGAAGGAGUUAAGCCAUUUGAGUGCUUAACAUGUGGAGUAGCUUGGGCUGAUGCCCGAUCUCUAAAACGCCAUGUCAGAACACAUACCGGUGAACGGCCCUACGUCUGUCCUGUAUGUAGCGAAGCCUACAUAGAUGCGCGAACACUCCGUAAACAUAUGACUAAAUUUCACAGAGACUAUGUGCCUUGCAAAAUUAUGCUGGAAAAAGAUACCCUUCAGUUUCAUAACCAAGGAACUCAAGUGGAGCAUGCAGUUAGCAUCUUAACAGCAGACAUGCAGGAUCAAGGAAGCAGUUGUCCUCAAGAACUUGAGACUGUGGUAGUGACAGGAGAAACUAUUGAAGCUCUCGAGGCUGUUGCAGCUACCGAAGAGUGCCCAUCAGUAUCUACGCUUUCUGACCAAAGUAUUAUGCAAGUAGUUAAUUAUGUAUUGGCACAACAGCAAGGACAGAAGCUAUCUGAAGUUGCAGAAGCUAUUCAAACUGUCGAAGUAGAGGUGGCACAUAUUUCAGAAGCAGAAUGAAUGUAGUAAUGAAGAUAAAAAGAAGUGACAUCUCAUGUAUACUGAGCUCACAGAUUAUUUGUUUACGAUACCAUAUGACUGUCCACUGAGCGUUUACAAGUCAAGGCUCUGGACUAUUUGGUGAUAUAACAUUUUCCAAACCUUUUGUCUGGCCAAUGGGUUCUGUAGAAAAGUCCAUUAACUGUAAAGAAAUUGAAAACAAAUACAUUUGAUGGCAGUGGGUUAUCAUGAUAUACCUUUUAUGAAUUAAUGUUUAUAAUGACUGUACUAAAUUUAAGACUGUACAGUUCUCAUUUGCAUUUUUACAUCUUAUUAUAUAUUUUGAGUUUAAAAGGCUGCACCAGUUGGCUUUUUUUCUGUUUUUUUCUCAAAAUAUAGAGAUUCUGUGAUUUCAUUUGCCCUGUUUAUGGAUUAAAAAAAUUCUAAUAUAAAGCAUUUCAGUAGAAUGCAUAGGUAUAUUACGCUUUUUAAAUGCUUUAGAUCUGUGAUUCUUGACUUACUAUUUAUUUUAACCCCUUUUAAGUCAGGGAUUCUUUAUUCUAUUUUAAAGCACUUAAUGAGUUACAUGUUGUAAUCAAGUUUGCACAAUGUAUUUAUCUAUAUGGGAAGCCCAUAAAUGAAUAGCUUAAUUUUUUAAAAUGCCAUUAAAAUGCAUGAAAUGCCUACUAAAGCCUUACUAUACUCUCUUCAAGGCAAGUAAAUUGACCAUGAGAAAAGAACACCCUUAUUAAACACUGUUGAUGGGAAAUUUCUCCUUGAUAACAUAGGACAAUAAAAAAAAUCUCAUUCUUUUGCUGAAGAAUGAACGAGUUAAUGAACAAGUUAGGUUUGCUAUGGUUUCAGUUUUGUAUCAUGUUUAAUUGUUUAAUUUUGUUGAAAAACUGCAGUUGAAAAAUAGGAUAGCAAUAUAAACAUUACAGCGGUCCUGUGGAUACCAUAUAAUUGUCAAGUAAUUUCAGAAUAUUGAAAUUCUUCAGUAUAGCCCUCAUUAUAAUACUUGAAGAAAUUGAUUAUGGUCCCACCAAAUUGUUGAAGAUAAUUUACUUUUAAAAGUUAAACUGAAAACUAAAUUUUAUUAAUUCAUGUGUUUGAUUUUUAAAUUCCCACCUCUUUAAGCAAUCCAAUUUUCUGGUUUUCAAAAUAACCAUGGGGAGAUGCCACAUUUCUCUCUAGGAAACUACUACUCAAGCUAUAAUCGUUAAAAUUAAGCUUUUAGGUAUUAAAAGCUGUUAUAAGAUAUAAAAUUAAGAUAUAAGCAGAUCACAUGUAAAUCAUUCCUAAAGCACAAGAAAAGAAGGUGCCUUGAUGUACAUAUAUUAAUUAAAAUGCUUAUACCAGUUUACUUUAAAAAUGGCUUUAAAGAUAAAGAAUAAAUGUGAUAGUUGUGCAUGCAUUAUACUUGUAUAUAUAAUAUUUGCAUUUGCAAAUUUCCCAUUGUCUUAAUAGCUGUGUGGCUGACUUUCAAUUUUAAGAAGUGAAUUGACAUACAGCCCAUAACUUUAAAAUGGCUGCUCGUUUAUAUCUUUCUGUUAGUGAAAAAGUAUUUCAACCUGACUAAAAUUUGGAAUUGUCUUUUAUGUUCCAUCCUUACCAUUGUUAUCAGAUUUAAUUAUUGUAUAAGACCAUUAAUGUGUGUCACAAAUAUGUAAAUAAAAGAUGUUGAAUCUUGUUUAAAAGCAUAA